AUGCUUGCUGCGGCGGAUGGGAGGCUCUACCCCGGAUCUCGCCGGUGCCUCCAGGGGGCGGCGGCGGCGGCGCAGAAGGGGGAGGAGCGGCUGCGCAAGUUCCGCGAGCUCCACAUGAAGCGGAACGAGGCUCGCAAGCUGAAUCAUCAAGAAGUGGUGGAAGAAGAUAAAAGACUUAAACUGCCAGCGAACUGGGAAGCCAAGAAAGCGCGGCUGGAGUGGGAGCUGAAGGUGGAGGAGAAAAAGAAGGAAUGCGCAGCCAGAGGAGAAGACUACGAGCGAGUUAAGCUGCUGGAGAUCAGCGCGGAGGACGCCGAGAGAUGGGAAAGGAAAAAGAAGCGGAAAAACCCAGAUCUCGGAUUUUCAGAUUACGCGGCCGCUCAGCUGCGCCAGUACCAGCGCUUAACGCGGCAGAUCAAACCGGACCUGGAGCAGUACGAGAAGCUGAAGGAGCAGUACGGCGAGGCGCUCUACCCCACCUCCGACAGCCUGCUCCACGGGACGCACGUGCCGUCCAGGGAAGGGGUGGACCGAAUGGUUGCCGAUCUCGAGAAACAAAUUGAGAAGCGCGAGAAGUACAGCCGGAGGCGGCCGUACAACGACGACGCGGACAUCGACUACAUUAACGAGCGAAACGCCAAGUUCAACAAGAAGGCGGAGAGGUUCUACGGGAAGUACACGGCCGAGAUCAAACAGAACCUGGAGAGGGGAACGGCCGUCUGA